CCUGUUUGCUGGACGCUCAAACACAACAGGAACACUGGAGACCACGUCGCUGUGCAUGAAACCGUUCCUGGAGACCAACUCUGGCUACAAAGACUUUACGGAUUACUCUGGUUGUUUCACCCUGUGACCGCGAGCGAACGACCAGAAGUGACCAUGGAUUUUCUCAAUCACAACUACUUGAAUGCGCGCAGCCCCUAUGACUACACUUUUAAUUUCUGGAACGACUAUCUCGGGCUGACCACGCUGGUCACGAAGAAUAACAAGCUCAGCAUGCCCCAGAACCCGAACUCCAUCACCGAGUCCCUGAAAGCGACUUUGGGUUUGGAUGAUUCUCCUGCGUGUCCGUGCGUAAUCGCGGGCGGCGUUGUUGGAGAGAGCGGGCACAUCGACUGCUGCUGCCCGUCCGGGAGCCCCCCUCCGGCCUCCAUCCUGGACUUGAAGGAGCGUUUCUCGAUACUGAGCCCCUUCCAGAACCAGCUCGGGGUCCAGCCUGAGCGGGAGAUGGGCUUCGGUGGAAGCUUCGCCGGGUUUGAUCUGUUCGGCAUGGAGAGGAAGAUGCGUAAACCCGCCUCUCGGAGCAAGCAGGAGCCCAAAAUCUGCGUCUUCUGCCGAAAUAACGGAGCGCCGGAGGAGGUGUACGGCUCCCACGUCCUGAAGACUCCGGACGGCAGGGUCGUGUGCCCCAUUCUGAGGGCUUACACAUGCCCCCUCUGCAGUGCCAACGGGGACAAUGCCCACACGAUAAAAUACUGUCCUCUGUCAAAAGACCAGCCAUCCCAGCGACCAUUAAAGGGAGGCAGGGCUGUGGGUGGUAAGAGGAUGAAAAUAUUCUAAACAUGACUAUAAAGUAAAACGAAUUGCACUGAACAAUUUCCAGAUGACUGUUUUGAUUUAGCCUUUAUCCCAGUUACAUAAAACAUAUUGAUUUUAUCUUUUUUUCCCUCUAAGAUCUCUUAUAUUUUUAUAGUUCUUUUAUCCACAUAGAAUAAUUUUAUGCUUUAUACAUUGGAUUUAUUUUUCUUGCUAGUUUGUAGUCAUUUGAGCGCUUGCAUAUAAAUAUACAUGUAUGAAUAAUCACAAAGUGUGAAUACGUUUAAAGACAAAAUAUUUUGGUCAUGUAGGGAAACACACUGACAUUGGCCGAGGGGAUGAAUGUCAUAUUUCAACAAGUAUUUUUGUACGGUGAGCUAAGCUCGCCACUAUUUUUCCUUUUUCUCGUCUUAGAAAACCAAAGUUAUGUUUGCCAUUAAAGAAGCUCAAGAAUGUGUCAUUACUGAGUACUUUGUGUGCGUCUGCCUGGAGAGGAGGAGGAGGAGGAGGAGGAGGAGGAACUCUUUUGAUCCCAUCUGCCCGCACUGAAAGAAAAAAAAACUCCACAGCAUAUUUUCCAACUUGCUCUAAAAGUUGACAUUCAAUCUGCGAGGCAGGAAGAAAAAAAAAAAAGACAAUGUGGCCUCUGUUUGGAGCUCAGAUUCUCCAGGGAGCAUUAUAAUCAAUUGUUGCCAAGCCAAACCUCUUUUUCCAAUCUUCUGUUUGACUUUUUACGAGCAGUCAGAGAUACUAGCCUUCAUUUCUUUAUGUUUACAUUCCCAAAUAAGGGUGACACACUGGAUUUUCUUGUCUCUGUCAGGUCUCCUUUUUCUCUUUCUUUUUUUUGUUUUGUUUUUAAUUUGCCCUGACAAUGUAUCCACCAGACAGGCUCAUGGGCAAAGUCCCAUUGACCUCUCCCUCUGAGAGCAAAUGAAUGUUAACACAAACAACAACAACAACCUGUUACAUCCCAUCAUUUCACUGACUGAAGAAAUCCCAAAAAAGAUGCAAAAAUGUUGUGAAUGUAUGAUCGAGCGUGUCACUUGCAGGACUGCACAUUUCUGACAGUUUUGUUUACCAAAGGAAUACAAUAGCAUUGGAGAGACGAAGAGAGAUUUGCUGUAUUGUACAUAAAGUGAUGUUUUAUUCAGUAUUUUAACAUUACAAGUGACUUCAGAGGGCGCUACCUCAACCACGAUUUUGUACUUAACAUGUCAAAUGUCAACAGCAGUUUAUUGAUAUAGUGCUGCCAUUUAUAAUAAGGGGUUUUUGAUAGUAUUUUUGAUCUUUGUAUAACAUAAUUGUAUUUUCAUUUUUGUUGCAUUUAACAUGAUGGAAGUGAAUUUCCAAGAAGCUAUAAGCAUUGCUCACCACAAGGUGAUUGUCUGUAAAUAAUGAUUAUGAUGACCCAUACUUUGGAAAAGUUUAGUUGUUACGUGUUACAUUCUUGAGAGUGUGUGUGCCAGAGAGUGCAUAUUUGACAAAAAGGCUGACAAAAAAUUUGCCACUUUUAACAAGAGGUUUUUUUGAUUAAAUGAAUAAUAGAAAAAAAAAAAAAAGAAACACUGUUGAACUUUGUUAUUUAUAUUUUACCACAAUUUCCUGUAUGCUGCUGUGCAGAAUAACAACAUAUGAAUCCACUAGAGAAAUAAAAACUUAUCAAAUAUUUGCA